AUCGCUGCAGUCACAUGACAGUUUACUUCCUUAUUCCUUUCCUUUUUGCGUGACGGCACAAGAAAGCAAAUGUAGCGAUCGUCAAAUUUAACGGCACACCGUCAUACGAUUCAUCCCAUCGCCGAGACUUGGAGAUCUGUAAGAUUUAAUAGUCUCCUUCCCAAGGAUCUGCUCUGAGAGAAAACCCGGAACAGAUGAUGAUCCAGAGAUCUUUCUAGGCGUUUGGCAGGAAAAUAAGAUCAUUGUGUUCUCCAACUUCAGCAGAGAUGUCAAAGUACACGAGUUUCCCUGCUCCCAGCGAGGAUCAAAAUCCAUUUCAGGAUCCUUCAGUGACACAACACAGCAACAGCACAGACUAUCCCACACUGGAUCUGUACAAUCCCUUCGACAACAGGACCGCUGGGCCUCCACCUCCUUACGAUGCCAAUCCACCAGCCGCACCACCGACCAUCCCGUCUCAGAACCUGCCUAGCAGGACGACUCCCACGGAACCCAGGAAUUAUGGAUCCUACAGCACUCAGCAGUCUGCAGUAAACAACACGACGGCUGACCUGCUGAAACAGCAGGAAGAGUUGGAGAGGAAAGCAAGGGAGCUGGAGAGGAGGGAGAGAGAGCUGGACUCCCAAAGCCGUAGCACCGGUGGAGCGUCCUCUCAAAAGAAUUGGCCUCCGUUGCCGUCUUUCUGUCCGGUGGGUCCGUGCUUCUACCACGACAUUAACGUGGAGAUCAGCCAGGGCUUUCAGCGCAUCGUCACCACCCUGUACUACUUCUGGAUGUUUUCAGCAUGCACUCUGGCCUUCAACUUCCUCUCCUGCCUCGCACUGUUUUGUGUGGACACGAGUAAUGGUGUUGGCUUUGGCCUAGCGAUCCUCUGGCUUCUGCUCUUCACCCCCUGCUCCUUUGUCUGUUGGUACAGGCCUGUGUAUAAAGCUUUCAGGAGCGAUAGUUCCUUCAAUUACUUUGUGUUCUUCUUCAUCUUCUUCGUCCAAGUGGUGCUGUACGUCCUAAUGACUAUCGGCAUUCCCGGCUGGGGCUUCAGUGGAUGGAUAGUGGGACUUGCUGCAUUGAGUAAAAAUAGUGGAGUUGGGAUUAUCAUGCUCUUGAAUGCCGUGGUCUUCACUGCUCAGGCUGCCAUGGGUGUGGUUCUGCUAAAGAAGGUCCACUCUCUCUACAGGCAGACCGGUGCCAGCUUCCAGAAGGCCCAGGCAGAGUUUACCACCGGAGUGCUUUCUAACGAAGCCGUGCGCCAAGCGGCCGUGAACGCCACCGCCUCGGCAGCACAGGGGGCCUUCGUCGGAGCACGUUAAAAUAAAAGGCAACGUGUUUGUUUUGGGGAGGUGGGGUGGGGGGGAUGUAAGGUGGAUAGGGGAGAAUCCAAUGAUCAAUAAGAGCCCAAAAAGGGUCUACAGAAAUAUGAAGAAUUAUGUAUACUUUGUAAUUUGUAGUCCGACACUGUUAACAACCAAACAUUAGGCCCUUUUGCCUGUGUGUGAGUAGAUACAAUAGAUCGAGGCAAAAUUUAUCUUAACAUAUAUUUAAGUUUUGUAAGUCAAUUAUGCUUGUUUAUCAUACCUUCGGCCACUUGGCAAUCAUUUCUGAUCGGCAGAACCGUAGUCUUUUGGCUUUUUGUUUGUUUGUUUGUUUUGUUAAAGCUCUUCAUUGAUAUUGGGACUGUUCAGGAAAGCAUUACCAAGUGGAUUCAGCUUCCCCACACAGGCAUUUUUCCUUCUCUCUCGCUUUUUCUCUAUCUAUUACUUCCUAGGAAGGUGGAAAGGUGGUAGCUCAGUGAUUUAAGGCUCUGAGUUACUGAUUGGAAGGUGAGGUGUUCAAGCACUGGUAUCACCAAGCUGCCACCCUUGGGGCCCCUGAGCAAGGCCCUUAACCCUCUGUGCUCAACUGGCGCUGUAUCAUGGCUAACUCUGCUCUUUGACCCCAGCUUUCUAACAUCACUGGGGUAUGAAAAGAAAGCAUUUCACUGUUCUGUAUAUGUUCUGUAUAUUCGUUCUGUCUAUUGUUGAUAUGUAAAAUGCUGCCUAAAAGAAAUUUCCUACAAAGGCCACUCCGAGUUUUUCAAAAGGAUACCUCAAGGACAAAAACCCAUAAUAUAUAUUUGAAAGUCAUAGGAAAGUCAUGUCCUGGGUUUUGUGUUCCUGCUUGAAUAAAGCAUGACAAGCUUCAGAGGCGUCAGAAAUUGAA